CCAUGCCCCUAAGGGGCUGGGUCAAAAAGAUAUUAUGUUCUCUCAUGUGUUCAAAUGAGUUUCCAUAAACAACAAAUAGGUUUUGCACAAGAUCAAUUUCAGAGGUACCUGACAACCCCAUAUAUCUGCUUCCAACGCCCCCAUAUUCCAACUUUCACAUCAUCAUCGGGGAUUUACCCCUCACCUUUGGCUCUCCAAAAUUUAAAUAGUCCUCAUGUCAAAAUUUUCAAUCCAUUUUGGUAUUCCUUUAUCUAUCCAAUUGUUCAUGAUCUAAAAGUGCUCAGGAGUCCGUCGCAUUCAAAUUGUUUAACUAGUUUCUUAGGUUUCCGGUACAAAAGAAUAUAUGGUUUCUUCAUGAGUUUCAGAUCAAUGCUCUGCAAUUCUCAACCUCUUCGAGCCCCCAAAGACCUCAAUCCACUGAGCAAUUUUCUCAACCCCGCAAUUUAUUUUUAUUUUUUUCAUUUAUUUUUCUUUGUCCGGUGUUUUUCUACUUGUGUGUCCCAGGGGUGUAGGUGGGGUGUGUUAGGUUUUGUCUCAUGGGUUAGGCUCAAGGCCACUCCCGUCCUAAACCAGCCACAUUCAAGGGAUCCUUAGCC